AUGCCAAGAACGCACGAGGAGAAACCACCAAUUACUGCCGAGGUGAGUGAGACGAGCAACGGUGAGGAGAGCAAAGGUGAGGAUGGUGAGAACGGUGAGAACGGCGAGGACGGUGAGAAAAUUGGAAGUGCGUCGGCUGAACAAGGUACGGAACAAGCGACAGUAAUUGAGGCUCUCGAAUCAAGUAAAAGUAAACCCCAGAUUACAAAAGUCGAGAAAGUCGAACCCAGAGUUGACGCUCUCCGUAUCGAUUACGGGAUCGAGAGAUUAUUGAGGAGGGCUGGUAAAAAGGUGAGAAAUGGGUCAGAUUUACCAGAUGAUGGCUAUGAUUUAGAUGAGGAUAAGGAAUUAGAGGCGAGAAUUGAGAACCUUCUCAAAAGACAAUGGGAAAAUUUAAGACGAGAAGAACAGAGUCAAAGUAGUGACAGCACUGGAAAUAGCACUGCUAAAGAAGUUGUUGAAGUUGCUGGACCUUCAGUUAAACGAGACUACAAAUUAAAUAUUAGCACUAGAUAUGAACACUUCUAUGACUAUUCCAAGUCAGAAGUGAGAACUCACACACUCCUGCAUGUCUUAGAUAGUAUUAUAGAAUUCAGUAGAGAUCAAAAGCCUUUCGAUGAGCAUAAAUUUAAGGAAGAAGUGUCAAGGAAACAGUCUGGAGAGGGGAUCAGUGAGGUGAGAGCUGCGAACCUCACCGGAUUUAAGGAGAGAUAUUUCGAGUGCGAGGACUAUGGGCACCUCGGCCGAAACUGCCCAGGCAAGGGUACGGGCAGACUGUGUGACGGCUGUAAAGGCUACGGAAAUAUAAUUAAGGAAUGCCCGAACUCAAGUGAGACAAACAACAAGCCAAAAUUUAACGUAAGACACACAAAUUCGCGGGGAAGUAGUUUUCGUGGAUUUGGGCGUGGUGGUGGGUCAUUGAAGAGAAGGUCAAUUGGUUCAGGUGCAAAUGAUCCAAAAGGCGUGAAAAAGGGGAAAUAUUACAACCUGAAGGGCAAAGAAGACAACCAGUACUCGAAGCCCAAGACCAGUACAAAGUCUAAUAAGGAGGGCUCAAGCAAAACCUCGGGAGGAGACAACAAAUAG